AAGAUCGACGAACAGAGACGAUUAUUAUACUGCCUUCAGGGUCCCCUCCGCAGCUCGUACAUCUGCGAAAACCACUGCUGUCUCUUCCUGGACACUCAUUGGUUGAGAGUUGCAGCUUGGGCGGCAGCUGUCAAAUGCAGCAGCUUGCUGAGGAAGUAGAAACAGCCGACGCAGGUGGCGAUGCUGUGACAUCAGACUUCGUCCAAUGACAGCACUCGGAUCAUGGCCGAGGGUGGGGCACCACACAGGGUGGACCAAUGAGGAGGAGGGACAUCCACGACGGACAGGGACAGGGGGGGAGGACAGACAACAGGGGGCAGGUGGUGGUGAGACAGGCGGGAAGGGGGAAGACGGGUGGUGAGAUGGGAGGUGAGACGGGAGGGGAGCCAGGUGUGGUGUCCCCGCUGCCUGUCUUCCUGUUCCCCACUGAGCUGGUGUUUUACUCCGACCAGAGAAACUCACACAGGAGAGUGUUGACUCUGUACAACCCGUACAGAUUCAGGAUCAGCUUCAAGAUGUUGUGUACUGCUCCCUCGCUCUACAGAGUGGUGGAGGCAGAGGGGAGCGUCCGAGCAAAAUCCUGCGUUGACCUGGUGGUGCGUCACCUGGACAUCUCACCUCGUAACUGGGGCCGCAGAGACCGGUUCCGCAUGGAGGUCAAGGGAGGAGGCCAGGUUGGAGAACGGGAGAUCUGGGCUGAGCUGAGAGGAGGAGAGGAGGGGGGAGGAAGAGGAGGAGAGGAAGAAGAGGAGAGAAGGAGUAAACGAGGAGGAGGAGGAGGAGGAGGAGGCCAACAGAGGGCAUUGUCUGCUCUGACUCCUCUGUCUCCUCUCUUGGUGCCCACACAAAAACACCUGCAGCUGCCUACCUGUACAGCUGUCCGCAGUGUGUCUCAGUGGGUGGUGUGUGUGAUGGUCGCGGUAGUGUGUGUCGCAGUGCUGAUGCUCCCCCUCCACGCCGAGAGCAGUUCAAUGGUUCCACACUGCCUGCACGUGUCCACCAAUCAGAAGCUGGCCUGUGCCUACACACUGGGUCUUCUCACCAUGGUGUUUCUGCGGUAACCAAUGACAUCACGCUUCCAUCACUGCCUCCUGUCUGAGUGACAGCUGCUUUUUGACACCAUGGCAACCACCGGAACCCCCCCACCCCUGACAGAAAGACACAGACUGUCUUCAUUAACUCAACACACACAC